GCCCGAUUCAAUUGACAUUCAAAUCGACGCGAACCAGCACGAUCUACGCCAUAUGACGAUCCUGCUUCGAAUAGAACACCCACGAGCCUCGAGAAACACGUUCGACGACUGCAGCCAUGUCUGCUGAGAAGAGACCGGCGGAUGACGAACUCGGCGCAAGCCAGAUGAUCGUGAAGCGUCAGAAUGUGGGAUCUUCAACAGGAGCUUUAGCAAGGCUCAACGCCUCAGGGAAGAGCAGCGCGUUAGUGCAGGUGACACCGCGCACAAGUAACCUGCAGGCACCGGUCAUGGAACUAUCUGGUCACUCAGGCGAGAUCUUUGCUGCGAAAUUCGACCCAACGGGCAAUUUCAUCGCCUCAGGAUCUAUGGACAGAAGCAUUUUAUUGUGGCGAACGUAUGGGGACUGCGAAAACUACGGCAUUCUUAACGGCCAUCGAGGCGCAAUUCUAGAUCUGCAAUGGUCGAGAGACUCCAAAAUAGUCUUCUCGGCUUCGGCAGACAUGCACCUGGCAAGUUGGGACCUCGAGAACGGAACAAGAAUACGAAGAUACAUCGGCCACGAAGAGAUUGUCAAUACAGUGGACCUCAGCAAACGAGGCGAGGAUAUGCUAGUUAGUGGAAGUGACGAUGGCUCUAUCGGCUUGUGGGAUCCGAGAUCAAAGAACGCAGCAGACUACAUCCAGACGGAAUUUCCCAUUACGGCCAUCGCCAUGUCAGAGGCUGGAAACGAGGUCUACACGGGAGGCAUCGACAAUGACAUUAAAGUCUGGGACUUGCGCAAAAAAUCGGUCGUGUACUCGAUGCUGGGACACCAAGAUACGAUCACCUCCCUCAGAGUCUCUCCGGACUCGCAAUCUUUGCUUUCAUAUGCCAUGGACUCCACGGUGAGGACAUGGGACAUUCGGCCAUUUGCCCCGACCGAUAGAGCCAUCAGAACGUUCGACGGCGCGUCCAUGGGCCUGGAGAAGAACCUCAUCAAGGCUAGCUGGGACUCCGAAGGCAAGAAGGUGGCUGUCGGGUCCGGAGACGGUACAGCGACUAUCUGGUCUAGUGAGACUGGAAAGCUCCUAUAUAAGCUUCCGGGUCAUAAGGGAACCGUCAACUGUGUCGAGUUCGCGCCCGGAACGGAGCCCAUCGUACUUUCCGCGUCGUCUGAUCGGAAUAUGCUACUGGGGGAGCUGCGUUGAAGGAAACCACCACCAGUGGACUUUCUCCAGAAUAGCCACAUCGUCGACGCGUAGUCCGCGUCUUCUGAUGUUGUACAAACUCAAUAUUUUGCCUGCCUGCUUUCGGUGCGGACUAUGUGGUGCGUAUGCGGCGCAGAGACGCUCUACGGAUAUGCAAUCCAUGUAUCAUCGCAUCGCAAACAAGCCAGGAACGUUUGGUCCUAGCGACUAAUAUCAAGCCCUGGUAAGUGCCAUCUGCAACGGCACAUCAUCCCGGUAUGGCAGCAGGGGGCACAAACGGGACACGAGCAUGAGUGUCCGGUGUUGAUCAUGGCAGAAUCUCGUGAACACUGGAAUAGAUCAGAUAACGCAAAGGCGGGCAGAAAUAUUCGGGAACUGCCGCUUGGAAUUACAGGAAAAUGCCGAUACCGGCGGGUGCCAGCUGCAUAUGGCUUACACAGGGAGUUUGGGCGAGGCGUGUUUGUUUGCGAGUAAUACGGCC